AUGUCUCAAGAAUGUGGACAAAGUUCAAACGGUUCUCUCCACUUUCCAAACGGAACGCCGUUAGCCUUGACCCAGCCCUCCCUAACUCAAACACUUUGUGAUCUUCUUAAGCAGCGAAAACGCAGGCGUUUGAGGAAGCGAAUCAGGAUUUUUCUCCAUAUCAUUGCGUGCCGUCUCUUCCCUCUCCUUAUUUUAAUUUUAGGAAUUACUUUCUGCUUUAUUGGUGGCUUCUAUAAGAUACAUUUAUUACUUUCCAUUGGAUGCGUUCUACUGAUAUGUAUAGUGGGUCUUGUGCUACAAAGUUGCUUUUGGAGUCGAUCACAGCCGAAUAAAUUCACCAUUAAUGAAAUUAUUCGAGACACUGAUAUGGGCAAAGAAGACACCGAAGCUCAGAAAUGUGAGAGUACUGAUGAUGCCUCCAGAAUGUGUGAAAAUAAGGAGUGUGCGGAUGAGGAACCCACCUCUCCUUCACCCCCAGAACCACCUUCAAGACCAUCUGUUGGACUGAUGGAAGUUAGGCGAUUGAGUAUGGCUAUGACAAGGGUUGCCAGUGAACUUAGAAAUGCGACAAGUCAGCGAGCCGUGAGUUUGGGAUCGGCAAAUUUUACAAGGGGGCCAUGGCUUGGAGGUCAUGCAACAAACCUUGCUCCGACAGACUAUGAACACGGGGCCAUCAAUUGGUAUGGAAAUUUCACCUCCACUGAAUUAACUCAUAUGAGGCGCCUUUCACAAUGGCAAAAUUUUGUAUAG